CGGCUGGGCGCGCGGGGCGGGAGGGGGAGGCGGGACAGCGGCGGCGGGUCCGCAGCUUUCGGUCCCGGUCCUGCUCCUGCUCUUCCUGGGCCUGCUCCUCGUCCCCGGGCCAGCUCCUCGUCCCCGGGCCCUGCCAGCUGCCCCCAGCAGUUAAGGGUUCUGCAAGACUGAGGUGGCAGAAGUAGUGAGGUGAUCACAGCAGGAAGAGGUUGCCAACCCUCUCUGGCAACCAGAGUGAGCAGCAGGAAAAAUCUCCGUCUCUGGCGCCUCGGUGUCCGUGUGGGGCCCUGACUGUGACUUCUGCUUCUUGGCCCUGUAACAGUCCAAGGCUGACCCAAACUGAGUUUUUUCUAAACAUCAUGGGAGAGAUUAAAGUCUCUCCUGACUAUAACUGGUUCAGAAGCACAGUUCCUCUUAAAAAGAUAAUAGUAGAUGAUGAUGACAGUAAAGUCUGGUCACUGUAUGAUGCAGGACCAAGGAGCAUUCGCUGCCCACUCAUAUUUCUCCCUCCUGUGAGUGGAACUGCAGAUGUGUUUUUCCAGCAAAUUCUGGCACUGACUGGAUGGGGCUACAGAGUUAUUGCUUUGCAGUAUCCAGUGUACUGGGAUCACCUCGAGUUCUGUGAUGGAUUCAGGAAACUCUUAGACCACCUUCAGCUGGAUAAAGUUCACCUUUUUGGAGCUUCUCUGGGAGGCUUUCUGGCUCAAAAGUUUGCUGAAUACACACACAAAUCUCCCAGAGUCCAAUCUCUGAUCUUGUGUAAUGCCUUUAGUGACACUUCUAUUUUCAAUCAGACAUGGACAGCAAACAGCUUUUGGCUGAUGCCUGCUUUUAUGCUGAAAAAAAUAGUCCUUGGGAAUUUUGCAUCUGGUCCUCUAGAUCCUGAAAUGGCCGACGGGAUUGAUUUCAUGGUGGACAGGCUGGAGAGCCUGGGCCAGAGCGAGCUGGCCUCAAGACUCACCCUCAACUGCCAGAACUCCUAUGUAGAACCUCACAAAAUCCGAGACAUCCCUGUAACCAUUAUGGACGUGUUUGACCAAAGCGCGCUUUCAACGGAAGCUAAAGAAGAAAUGUAUAAACUUUACCCUAAUGCCAGAAGAGCUCACCUCAAAACAGGAGGCAACUUCCCCUACCUCUGCAGGAGUGCUGAGGUCAACCUGUACAUUCAAAUCCAUUUGCUGCAGUUCCACGGUACCCGGUACGCGGCCAUUGACCCGUCCAUGGUCAGUGCAGAAGAGCUGGAAGUCCAAAAGAUCAGCCUUCACAGCAGCAACGAGCAAGAAGAGCAGUAGGCUUGGGAGUGCCAGUGAAACAGAGGCAUUGGUUUGGUGGUCUUCCUGGGUACAAUCAACUGUUCCCACUCUGCCUUUUCCCUUGUGUUAGCCGAUUAUCACUGUGUGAUUCCAACAGGAUCAACAGUCGGUGAGCUACCCGUGGACAGCAACCUCCAGCAGCGUAAUGGGAUAGAUCUGCUUAAUUUUUAGUCUUUGGAUUCAAGGAAGCAUCUUUGAAGACUACACUUUUAAAAAUAAAAGACAUUUUUUCUACCAAAGUCUUCACUAUAUCAUGUUCUUAAGCAGAACGGUAUUUCCUUUUAUAUUUUUCACUCAGCUGUAUAUAUUACCACAUGCAGAUUGUGUACUUAUAAGCUGACAUAUAUUUUUGUUGAAUAUUUGAUUUAAAAGAUGUUUAAGUGUCAAUGUUGCCGUCACUUAUUUGCUUCGUACAUUGUUGUUGUAAGUUAGUUUGUUUCUAUUUGAAAUAAAGCAUUUGAAUUUUUAACUUUCUUGCUGCUUAAAAAUGGUUUUCAAUAAAACUUCACUUUCA